AUGCCUAGAAUAAGUAAAAGGAAAAGUCGAUUAAAGGCUGCAAGAGCUUGUCGCGAGUCAAAUGUACACAUGUCGGAUUCAAGUGACUUAUCUAGUGAUGAAUAUGGAAUGGAUAUAGAUGAUGAUGAAGAAUUACGUUUUAAAGACAAACUUCCGCCAACCGACAUUGAUGAUCUGACUGAAAUGUGCUUGUCAAAAUGUGACACGAAAUAUCUUAGCACUUUGCUUUAUAUGUCGUUACGCUUUUUCGAUGUUAAAUGGGAAGAUAUCGACGAGUAUUUGAAGAGUAUUGGUCUUAUGACGGUGGAAACCUCUCAUAAAUGGGCAACAGUGUUUAUCAACGGAGAUUAUGAAGAAUUCUCAAAUGAUUUGCGUGGUGGUAUUGGUGCUCAGUGUCCGACUGAUAAAAUUGAAUAUGUCGAUGAAAAUGGUGUAAGACAAGUUAUUGAUUGUUAUUUUAAACAGGGUCCACACAAAGGUAAAUCAGAAGGUUUGGUUGAAAUAUGUAAAGAUUUAGGUGCAAAAUUAUCGGAUAAAGUUACUCUAGCGGAAAUUCAUGAAAAACUUGCAAAACAUCUAGCUUUUCGGGACGUUACGAAACUAGAGAUGUUGCCGAGCAAAUAUGAUAUGAAGAUUAUAUACUGUCCUAAAUAUCAUUGUGAACUAAAUGCAACUGAAGGUCUUUGGUGCAAUCAAAAGGCAUUUGUUCGUUCACGUACAGAUCAAAGUUUUGACAAAAUGAUAAGAUUAAUAGCGGAUUCCCGUACACAUUUGGUCGAACGAAAUAUAGCAUUAAAGUUAUUCCGACGUUUCUGGCGUUCAAUUGAAGCAUAUUCUCAAGGUCAAACAUAUGCUGACGUGUUACAACUGUUCUUCAGUCAACUUUGCAAAACAUCAGUUCAAUCACAUCGUCGAAUAUCAAAUACCAAUAUAAACCAAUCUUAA